GGUUCUUUCACAAGAAGGUUGCCUCAAGAACACAAGGCAAAUAGCACAAAACCCCCUUCCCCUCCCUCCUCCUUCACUGAUCCCUGUGUACAUGGCUAGCGGUCGCCGUGGCCGGAGAGAAGAUGGAGGCGUCGACCCAGAUACCGCGACGGGACCUCGUCUCGAGAGCCCUCACUUCUUCAAGAUAAUUCUCUCCGACACCCUCGAAUCUGGGAAGCUCGGAAUUCCGAAAAAGUUCUUACGAAGAUAUGGAAAGGAUCUCUCGAGCUUGGUGCUACUCGAGGUUCUGGGCAAUUCGACCUGGAGUAUGGGAGUAGAAAAACUUAACGACGGCACAGUUUGGUUGUGGAAAGGGUGGCGAGAAUUUAUGCAGCAUUACUCCAUUGGUCCCGGUCACCUCGUAGUUUUCAAAUAUAAAGGGAACUCCACUUUUCGUGUGAUGAUAUUCGAUAGGAGUGCUUCGGAGAUCGAUUAUUCUUUGAGCAGCAUAUCAAACCUCGGGAGUGGAUUUAUCUCGCCGAAGAGGGAGAAUGUCAUAGAAGUUGAAGAUUCGGAGGAUUUUGCUCCUUGUCAGAAGAAGAGGGUUGACCCACAUUCAUCAUGUUCUCAGCCGAGUCCAAGCUGCUCCUCACCAGAUCUCGAAGAAGGGAUCGGACAAUCUAGGUGCAGAGCUAGCCAUCCUGAGCCAAAUUUUGGUGGUCCUAUGAGUUCGUGGCCUCUCCGUAGUUUUGAAUUGGCCUGCGAAUUUGACUCGGAGUAUCCUUUUUUCAAGGUGGUGAUCCGGCCAUCUUAUAUUGAACAUCAUGUAGUGAAUGUUCCUUGUUGGUUCAUCAGGCAGCACAUUCAGCAAAUCAAGGAAAUCGCGACUCUCAGGCAUUCAAACAGAACAUGGCCGGUAAAGCUUAGGACUUAUCCCAGUGGGUCGAUGCAGUUCUCUUCUGGUUGGAUUGCAUUCGUGAGAGGAACUCACUUGCGUGUUGGAAAUGUUUGCGUGUUCGAGCUAAUUGAUAGAGAUGAUAUUGUGUUCAGAGUCUACAUUUUCAGCAGUGCAGUUCUCAUUUUAAUUCCAGGCAGGAACAAAGAGUCUAAAUGCAGAAUGAACCGUUCUGAGCCAGUGUUUUGUGAUCCUACUCCUUCGAGGCCUCUCACUACUCCUGAAUUAGCCGGUGAAUUUGAUUCGGAGCAUCCCUUCUUCGAACUGGUGAUACAACAGUCUCAUUUUAGGAAAAUGCAUGUUCCCGGUCAAUUUGUCAGGCAACAUAUUCAAGAAAACAAGAAAGAAGGAACUCUUAGGUAUUCAGACAGGUCGUGGCCGGUGAAGCUCUCAAGAUAUACGCGGGGAAUCCGAGUGUUCUUCUCUGCUGGUUGGCGAGCAUUUGCAAGAGAAACUCAUUUGUGUGAAGGAAAUGUCUGCGUGUUUGAGCUCAUUGAUAGGGAUGAUGUUGUGUUCAAAGUCUCCAUCUUCAGCAGUGGUGGUAAGGAUCAGAUUCACAUUGAUUGAGAUGUCCAUCGGACGUGUUACUCUAGACCGUUCACAGCGUCAAUAUGAAUUCAAGAAAUCUAAUUAUGCCUCCUUUAUUAAUUGAUGAAAAUGAGAUCCUUUUCUGUUCAUGUUUUAUUGUUUCUUGGUGCUAGUUUUGGUUCUAUAUUUUCAUUUUGGCAAGAAUCCCUCAAAUUUGGCGCUUCUUUAAGGUUUCUGGUUGCUCAACUGCCCUGAAAGGUUUAAUAUGUAUUUUCUUGACGUCCUAACAUUUUGUGUUUAACCAAAGCUUUUGCAAGAAAGUGAAAAAUACAAAGAAAGCAGUCCAUGCGUUUACUUUUUACGGCUAAAUGAAAA